AUGCCUCCCCCAGUUGACCCUGCCAUCCUCCGCGCCCUCUCUCUUGACCCCUCAACCACUAAAAUCGCAUCUCACGGCGGAAGUGGCUUCUCCUCCACCUUCCGCCUCGCAACCACAACUAAGCCUCUCAAAUCCUUCUUCGUUAAGACUUCUCCCAGUCCUGACGCGGCCCUCAUGUUUGAAGGCGAACACGCCUCCCUCAACGCCAUCCACUCCGCCGUACCAUCCCUAGGUCCUCAAAGCUUCGCCUGGGGCAAACUAGACUCACAACCUAAUUCAUACUUCCUCGCCACCGAAUUCAUCGACCUCAGCAGUCGCCGCAGAUCUACCUCCAAAACAGGCGGCGGCAGCGGCAUGACUCUAGCACAAAAACUAGCCAAACUCCACACGACCCCGGCCCCUAUCCCUUCCAAUUACAACACGCCGCAAUGCGGUUUUCCAGUCCCAACCUGCUGCGGCGACACUCCACAGCCAAAUCAACCCUACACGACCUCCUGGCCGGACUUCUUCGCCAAGAACCGCCUCCUCUUCAUCCUCGAGCGAGGCGAGGGCCGCAACGGGAAAGAUCCCGAGCUACGGUCCCUGGUCGAGAAGACCGCGUCAAAAGUCGUCCCGCGCUUACUGGGGGAAGGUCAUCUCGGCGGCCCCGAAGGCAUCGCCCCCGUCGUCGUGCAUGGGGAUCUCUGGUCCGGAAACCACAGCCGAGGCACGUUUCCUGGCCGCCAGGCCCAAGCUUCUCCCGACACCAAUGGGGCCGACGGUGAGGUUGAAGCGGGAAUCGAGGAUAUCAUCUACGACCCGUCCUCGACCUACGCGCACUCCGAGUACGAACUAGGCAUCAUGAAGAUGUUUGGCGGAUUCGGCUCGGGUUUCUACCGCGAAUAUCAUGAUCUCGUCCCCAAGACCGAGCCGGUGGGUGAGUAUGAUGAUAGAGUGGCUCUUUAUGAGUGCUAUCAUCAUCUGAACCAUUGGGCCAUCUUUGGCGGUGGUGGGUAUCGAAACGGUGCGGUUACUAUCCUGAAACGGCUGGUGAAGAAAUAUGCAGGCGAUGGAUAG